AUGAAGAUCACAGACCCUGCCAUCCCAUUCGACUCGGUUGUCGUGGUUAUCGGCGCAAAUGGCUAUAUGGGCGUGGAAACCUGUGAGAAAUUGCUGCAAGCUGGCUAUCGUGUGAGAGGCACCGUUCGAGACAUUCUGAGAAAUCACUGGAUGAUAGAACUCUUCGAGAAACAAUGGCCGGGCAAGUUCGAAUUGACAAAAGUGGAGGAAUUCACAGUAGAGGGUGCUUUCGAUAAUGCAUUCAAAGGUGCUUCAGGUGUGAUAUAUGUCUCAACUCCCAUCGUCUUCGACGCGGAUCCCGCCAAGUCGAUUGACCCGAUUGUCAAGGGAACCAUCAACACCCUGCAGGCCGCCGCCAAAGCUGGAGUGAAGCGUUACGUGUUGAGCUCCAGCUCCAAAGCGGUGGAGUCAACGAUAUACAACGUACCACAUACUCUGACCACCGAGUCAUACAACUACGAAGACCUCCGCAUAGCACGCGAAGAACCCAUCGUACAUACCUUCGAACGCGCGGUGAGUGCCUACAGCGCUGGUCGGGCCGCCGCCGAACUGGCUUUCUGGGACUGGAUCAAAACCAACAACCCCCCAUUCACCGCCAAUGUGGUUGUUCCAGAUGGAGUCUUCGGUCGCGUACUGGGGUUCACUCAGCUCAAGGGAAACUUUAAGCUGACUACUUCGAGUCUCAUGCUCAAGACAGCUCUGUCUGGUGGGCGCGAGGGGGUUGUCUCUCAUGUUGGUAAGCAUAAGCGUAUAUUUCCAUGUGGAGGUUUCGUCUCACCAAGUCUGUGGCUAGGCUACCUGACCGACGUUCAAGACUCGGCACGGCUCUUGGUCGCAGCUGUAGCUUCAAAAUCGCUGUCGAACGAACGUAUUUUUGCUUACUACCUGCAUUAUACCUGGAACGACCUUCGGCAGCGGGUCCGUGAGCUUUAUCCCGAUCGCACCGACAUUGUGACGGGCGAUGAUUACGAGGAUUUAGGUCGGGAUCUGGGAGAUGCGGAUGAGUUGAUCCGAAAGUCGGAAGAAAUCCUUCGCCAAAUUGGUCAGGUUGGCUUCAACGAUUUGGACGACAUUCUGAGGGAAUUUGUUGAUUGCUGCUACGCUGUAUGA